AAGUAUUUAAUAAGAAUAUUUCAUUCAUUCAGAUCUAGGAUGUGUUAUUUUAGUGUUCCCUUUAUUUUUUUGAGCAGUGUAUAUCAAUAUGCAUUUCAUAAAUAUUACAAAAAUAUAGAAAUAAGACGUGUGAAACACGUCUGUAAAAUCACAAUGAGGACAUAGCAAGUUUUCAUUAGUCAUUGGGUACAUCGUACCAAAAACAGAGAAAUAUUAAAUAGAUUUUAACACAGGUAUUAACACAUGUAAAAUACUCAAUCUGAUUUAGUGGGUCCCUUUUGUCUCAUGAAUGCAUUGUUUUCAAGUUGUAUUAAUCCAAUAUUUAGCCUAAUUGUUGCUUUUACAAAGUACUAUACUGCCCUACCAAACAAAAAGGCAAUAAUUGCUAAUUUGGUUGAAAAUUAGUUAAUGUAAUUUUUGUUACAUUAAAUACAUGCUUAAUCAUGUGGAUUAGUAUACUGCCUCUAUUGUAUUGUGUUUUGGAGAAAAUGGGUGUCAUGUUAGCAGUAACUGCAACAUGAUUACUGUUUAACCAAUUUUUCUCAGUUCCACGUUAUGAGCAGUUACUGCCUUUUUGCUUGGUAGAGAAGUAUAAUGGGCAUGUUUAUAGUCUGUGAGAUUUUAACAUAAACGUUGUGUGCUAAAUGCCUCUACUCUACAUUGCUGACAGAAUUCCUGAUUAUUACUGCAAAUACGUAAAUAUGUUAACUACAUGGCGGUGUGCUCAAUAGGGCCCUGAAAGGGUUAACGGGUUUAAACGUUAAAGGUCAAUGGGUGUGUUCUUGAUGUUGUUUUGAAUUCUGUUUUAAACAUUCUACAAGAUGUUUACUGUGAUGUCAGAAAUGGAAGUGUUUCAACUGAGGGUUCCAAGUGUUUCUGAAGAGUUUCGAAGUUUGACACAUUUCACUUUUGUCUUCGCUAACAAGCUACUCAACUUUCAAGCUCUUUGCUUUAUACCUCUAUAAUUUUCAUAAUUUUAAAUGAAUAAUGUAGUAAGUGAUUUAUUUUAGUUGUUUGAUGUAUUCUCUUGUUAGUGAAGGCUACUUAUCAUUUUAGGCACUGACUGUGAAAUCUCAGAUGGAUAAUAAGGUAUUAUUUCACUUUAGUGGAUAUUUUGAAGCCAGUCUUGGUCCAAAUCACACAAAAAAUACAGAAAACUGCUUAAAACUGAAACCUUCUACAAGUCAAUAAUGGUCUAUUUGUCAGAAUUUGAAAAAUGAAAGAUAUUAUAUACUCUAUUAAUUCUUCCCUGUUUUGUAGGAGAUCUACAGGCAUGAAAUCAAGUUUUCUGAAGCCUUACCCCAGGUACACCCAACCAGAUUGGUCCUUCAACAGCAAUCUGGUCAGCAAUAGGUCUGAGCUGCAGAGGCCCUUAACCUAUCAGAUCAACCAGGAUCUUCACUGCGCACGUGGAGAUGCUACCACUCAGGUAACACAUUGUGGCACGUUGUGACCCCCAGCUAUUUUAGAGGAACCCUACUGCUCUCUUUUCAGUGUAUUGGAAUAAAUCCUUGCACACCUCACAAUCUGGGGGUGAAAUCUCAGGUCGGAGGGUUGUGCUGACAAAACAUCAGUUCCAGGAAUGCAAUGUCCACUCCUUCCCCUGGCUUAGAUCCGCUGGAGCACGAAGAACCACCUGACCUACCGCGUAGAGGAGCUAGGGCACUGGCAGAGACAAUCAGCUGGUAGCAUUGCAAGAGUAGAUCAGGAGAUGGCUGCCUUAGUGAAGGUAGAGUGGAUUCAGGGUGUAUGCAGGGUUAGGGAGAACAGUUGGGGCACUCGAGACACACUGCACUGCCCUUGAUACCUUUAGAACAGACGAGGAGACACUGUCUGCCUGUCUAAACACAGGCAUAGAGAUGCAACCAAGUGUUGUGUAGAACCAGGUGAUUGGUGAUCAUGUAGAAUAGGGAAUCUGGUCCACAGAUACUACAUUCCCAUGACUCGGGACAUUCUAAAUGUUGCUGCUCACCCUCCAUGACUGUAAAUGACCCUCUCUUGUCAUGUGUGGGAUUUAAACUGACUUCAUGGUUGUUGGGUGUUUCCAGGUGAAGGCGAUCGCUGAGCGCUGUCUGCUGGAGAAGGUCUUGUACAGGCAGGUGCUGAGGGAGUGUGCGGUGUUCAGAUUUCAAUGUGUUGUGUAGUACCAGGUGAUUGGUGAUCAUGUAGAAUAGGGAAUCUGGUCUACAGAUGAUGAAGUGGAUGCUGAGCUGAAGCUGGAGGUGGAGCUGGCUGAGGAGAUCAUCCACCUGAUUCAGCAGAAGAUCCACCUGGUCCUGGACAACCUCUGCUCUCUGAAGGACGUGCUCACCCAAUGAUGUCCCACCACAUGGACAAGGGACAAGCUGUGAAGCUCAACGAACACUGUCUGACCUUUGACCUCCAGUUGCCCAACCUGGGCUACAAGUACCAGCCUUGCCACAUCGUCAAGGGAACUCUGACCUAUGAUCAGUGGUUGCUUACUGCAAAAAACUGAAGCAGACAGCAGAGAAACUGGUCCUGGACUGCUCUUACUUUCGUGGGAAUCUCCAAGGCUCUGGAGACCCAGCGCUGUGCCACUGUCUUCGGCCUGAGGAAGAGGCUGAAUGAGCUGAGCGCCACCAGGGAUGCCCUAGAGUGGGAGAAACAGAAGGUGAAGGAGACAGUGGUGGUCCUGGUCAAGGAUAUGCAGAAGGUGGAGAGACCGAUCAUGAGCUCUGGCUCUGAGCGGCAGCUGGCUCACAACCGGCUGGACAUCCUGGCCCAGAGGGCCAACUACGAGCUCUGCAUGGACCAGCCCCACAUUGCUCUUCUGCAGGAGACCAAGAACCUGAGGAAGAACACUUUUGGCCUGCAGAAGAAACUCCUCCUCUCUCAAUAUACAGGAAGACCCUGGAGACCGUGCAUAUGAACCUGUUCACCCUGGGGGACAGCCUGGAGGCUAAGAGCUCCGCAUAUUCACCGCCAACACUUCAGCACAGGAACCCCUGGCCCUGCUCUCUCCUCUCAGCACCUUUGGGAAUUAGAAUGUUGCCACCUGUCUCUCUGGGCAUGGCUGAAGUCGCUGAUGCAAGCUAUAAUAUAUCUAUGUUGUGUGUUACACCAAUAACAGAACAUAUAUUACACAUUUUUAUUUUGUGAACGUAUUUUUUCUUGUGUUUAUGCUUUCAAUUUCAAGUCAAGAGAUUGGGUUGGAGCCAAAACCUGCUUGCACAGGGGCCACUACAAGCCUAAAACCAUUUGGAAUUGGACUUAUUUGGUGGACAAUUGAUUGAGUGUACCCGGACACCUACUGACUGUCCAGGGGGUGUCACCUCUUUAACCAGGUCAGAUUUAUUGUAGCAACGGCCCAUGGUAACGCAGAGAGUCCAUGGCGACAUGGGUCGCGCUAUCUUGGAAAGUGUGAAGGAAUGCGACUGAUUGAGAGGUUCCUUUUGCGUUAAUAUCCCGCCAAAUGCUCUAUUAAUGGUAUAUCAAAAAGAAAACUUCUAGCCGACCACUGUUCUCUUGAAAGUAAAUAUGGGAUGCGGCAGCUCCAGGUUCACUGUGGUCGAGCCCAUGAGAUCAAGCGAGUUGGACGGAGGAGAGGAUGACACAGUGAGUAAACAAGGCUGUAGGGGCGACUCUGCAGUGUCAAAGUUAACCACAGACAGUGGAGUGGUCCUGGACACUGGUGAGGUUCCCACCUUACUGGGGGCUGUACCCAGGAAACUAUCACCACUGGCAGCCCACAUUCCUGGCCUGGCCCAGGAGAGUGGUGAGAGACCCAGGUCCAGUGAGAUCCUGGAACAGCUUCUGAGCCAAGGCAUCAUCGCCCAGCCCAGGGAGAGGGCCAGCAGCGAGGCAUACAACAUCAUGAUUGAUGACAGAGAGACACCCAAACGUAGGCCUACCCCUCACCUGGAGUCUCUGAAGGGCAAGAGGGACCAGUCUGUCACCAGCCAAGUGGACAUGGAGGAGAGGAUGAGACAGGCGGAGGAGGAACGGAAGGAGCUGAACAUGAACCUGAGGCCUAAAUCAGCUGGUGUCCAUGACCCAGAAGCUGCAUCAACAUCCGGAGAGGGGGACAUAGUCAGCCCUGUGGAGGUCCUCCACGCCCCUGAUGCCCCUGAGAAGCCACCCAGCCCAAGAGGGAUCCAGCAGGAGCCACUGGAUCCAGACCCAACUCAGACUCAAGGAGGAGGGGAUGGAGGGAGUGGAGGGGUCAGGGAGGGCGGGGGAGAGGGAGUCAUAAGUGGGCUCAGUGGGCAGCUUCUCUCAGCCUCUCUUGAGAUGGAGAAUGACUCCACAUUUCAACAGACUGAGCAAGCUGAGGAGCAAUUCUAGCACCUGGCUGGGAGCACCUUAUCUGUCUAUUGGAGCCCAGUGUGUCUGAGAAGGAGGGAGAGGGAGAGCAUAGAGAGAUGGUGCAGGGGGAAUUAGAGGAAGAGUGGGCAGGUGAGGUGAAGGAGAGAGAGAUCAGUGAUGUCUAUUUGUGUUUUUGUAUACAAAAGAGCCAAGUGUAUGUGCAUACAGUCUGUUUCUAAGACUUGUUUGAAGUACGUGGUAUAAAGAGAAGAGAUCUCUGAGGGUUUACUUUACGAUGCAAAAUCAUACUGUAUAAAGGUGGGCAAUAUUAUUAUUUGAAAUUGAAAUAAUGAAGAUAUUUAUUUUCCAUUAAUUUAAAAAAGGGACCCCCCCAAUGGUGAACGUUGAGUUGAAAGCUGUUUUAGACACAAGAUGGCGGUGUUUCCAUGGAAUUAAAUGACUUCUUCAGCACUGUUCAUUAUAGUUCACUUGCAGAAAGGCUUUGGUGUCAUUAUCAUAUGUAAGAGUAUCUUG